AUGUCGAGCCGUCGCGUCCCUCUCGCCAAUAUUCAAAAUGCAACAAACUCCCCAAUGCGCGCCCCAGCCAUCGGAGGAAAGCGCCAACGCUCCUACGCCAGCGAGCAGCGUGAUGGAACCUAUGGCCAGCCACCGCCCAAGAAGCAGAUGGUCGAGGUCGACGAUGCCGAGGCUCGUCGUCACGGCCUUGUGCGUCGUAGUGGGGCCCAACCAACUGCCUUGACCCGGAAGCUCGAAGCUGCACGAGAGACAAAGGCCCCUACCAAGCAGGCCGCACAGCGAGCCGCCCAGGACUUGGAGACCAUUCGGCAAUGGCAGCGCCAUUAUCGCAAGCUCUUUCCGCAGUUUGCCUUUUAUUUUGACAGUGUCUCGGAUCCGCAAAAGGACAAGCUUAUGAGCAGAGCCCGCAUUCUCGGCUCGCGCGAGGUUAAGUUUUUCUCUCGAGAAGUCACCCAUGUCAUAACUACGCGCACUAUUCCCGUCGACAUUGACGGCAGCUCCUCCGCUCACAAAGGAACUGUCAAUCCCGCCCAGCUUGAAAAUAAGAAGUCAGUGUUCGAUGCUGCCCUUGAGAAGUCGGACCGUGGUGAUAUCCUGUACAAGGCCAAGAGCCUGGGGAUGAAGAUAUGGUCUGUGGACAAGGUGCAGCGAAUGAUUGAUACCAUGUUCAACAAGGAGACGGGUGAAGAUGUAUCCAGCCACCCCACGCGUCAAAGCACGACUACGCAGCAUAAAGGCCGCCCUGCUGAUCUACAAAGGUUACUGCAAAAUGAAAAGUUGGAUCGCGACUACGUCAUGGCUUCGCAAGACAUGAUUCCUCUUCGUGGAUACUAUGUCUACGUCCAUGACAUGGAUGAGGUCACGCGACCAGUUAUGAUCCGAGAAUACCAAAAGGUCGAGAAAGAGAAGGGCAAGUGGCCGCAAUUCCGCGCCUCCGGUAAUGGCAAGUGCCCGUUUGUGGAGGAUCCCCAUUUCGGCCGCAGACAGCAGGAAGAGCAGGAAGCGCGCCGUAGACAGUCGGCAGCAGCCCCGCGCACGCGUGCAGUCUCUGCCAUGGAAGAGAAGAACGCCCUUGUUGAGAACAACAACCUCGCCCGCCGUCCUAGUGCCCCCGCUGUCAUCACCAAGGAAGAGACUGAUGACGCAAAACCACUUGACCCGCCAAAGGCCCUCCCCCUCAAGCGCUGCAGCACAGCCGAUGGCCAACCACCCAUGUUUGGCAGCGCCCAGGCUAGCAUCCGAGCAAUGCCCCGUUGCAUUGCUGGUGAGCCUGUCGCGUCUGGAUUGCAACAGUCCAACGUCACGUCUGCCAUUCGCUCCCAAAUGAUUUCUUCUACCGCUGCUGCUCCUCGGGCCGGCAACAGCAAGGAAGUCAACCAGUUAAAACGAAAGGUCCUUGAGAAGAACAGCAUGCCCUCGGCGAAUACGAAUAGUGGUCAUUCGUCCGUAACCAAUGAUGUCAGGACCGCGCUUAGCCAUGAACAUUCUCAACCCAUGCGAGCAGCCAAGCGCAAAGCCCAAGAGACCCUGGGCCGAAUGCAUGACGAUGGAGACGAAGAAAGACAAGCUCGUAAAGCCGCAGCGCUCCGUCGACGCAAGAAUGUCGAGAAGGAGUUGAAGCCGGGUUACUGCGAGAACUGCAGGGAGAAGUUCAAUGACUUCGACGAGCACAUCGUCUCCCGCAAGCACCGCAAAUUCGCGGCAAACAUUGACAACUGGGUUGAGCUCGACCAGCUACUCGCCCAACUCGAUCGUCGGUGA